GUCAUUGAUCAACUGAAACGACUGGAAAAUUAGCUUAAUGCGAAAGUGGAAGAAGUUUCAAAAUUCUGAUUAUCUGCUUGAGUUUUAAUCGGUAACGCUACAUGAACCACCAUUACUAACGUUAUUUAAACUGAGACAAGUAACUGACAACAGUGGCGACGUUAAGGUAUCUCUUGUUCGGUCGUUUAACGAGGGUUCAACUCUGACCUCGCCUCGGCUAACUAGAACAAACUGUACAUAUUGUGCUUGUUCGGUUUAACCAUGGACGCGGUUGUAAAAUUCACAAGUCAAAGUCAAGGAAGAGACCGCAUUUUAAGAGCAACCCAAUAUGCGUGUGCACUGUCGAUAUAUCUACUCCGAGACAACUCGGAAAGAAAGGACCUUGUGGCAAAACUUAAAAGUCUGGAAGCCAACAUGAGUGCAGGACGAAAAUUGUUCAGGCUGGGAAACACAGUAAAUUCCAUUGAGGCUGCUAAGCGAACCAUGCAACUCUCUGACCGAGUGCUGUGCCUGUGCCUUACUGCGGCCAACUUCAACCGCGCCCUCUACUUUAUCUGUGACAAUCUACUUUGGGCCAGAGGUGUCGGUCUUAUCCGCGAUAUCGACAAGGAACGUUGGAGCCUAAACGCCUCUCGCUGUUACUUCCUCUCGCUAGUUAUGAAUCUGACCAGAGACGUUUACCUGGUCCUCCAAUUAAUGAUGCAGAGAGCAAGAGAUAAGCAUUUUAGACAGAAAAUGGAUCAGCAUCUCAGUGAGAGUCCUGAGCUGGCUGAAUCUGUCAUUCCUCAGCUGGAUGCUUUGCUGUUUCUGCUGUUGGAGAGUCUAAAAUCACACCCGGCUGUUGCUUUGGACACGGUGAAAAACAUUUGUGAUCUCUUCAUUCCCUUAGACAGGUUGGGUAUUUACCGGUCAAAUGCAGGAGUGGUUGGAUUUUGCGGCCUGAUAUCCUCACUGAUUGGGAUUGUAACCCUCACACAGCCCAAGUUGAGAAUCAAACCAUGAUAAGGAAGGUGGAGAUAAACCUUACUGACUAACUGCAGAUCAGAAGGUUAAUUAUGGCAAGUGCUGAAAAGGAUUUAGUGUCAUUAAGCUGGAGCUGUAAAGGCGGACUGAGGUUAACCUGCUGCACAAUGAGAUUAGGCAACACACCACAGGCACAUUUUGUAAUAUUUAUGUUCAGCACCAAACUCAUCCAGCAAUAACUGAAGGGCUUACUAGUUUUUGAUGGAAGUUUAAAACACUGGUUUCAAAGGGAGCAAAUCAAGUUUAUAUAGUAUCCUUGUUUAUUUUUUAUUUUAAUUUUUAAUUUUUAAUUUUUUUUUUUUAAAGAGCCAAGGCUUAACCUUUGUGCAUUCCUCUCUUCUUCAACUCUGCAUUUCACACCAGCAAUUUUGCAACUACUGUACUUGCGAAAUAAGGGCUUCUUAAUGAUGCAAGCUUUUAUAUCUGCUUUUUCAAUUUAUCUUAAGGUGUUAAUCUGUGUGGUGUCACUUUUAAGACCAUUGUCUGUCUCUGCUCUGUAUUUUGUGAUAAUAUGCUGCUAAAAGUUUCACCCCUAUCAUUCAAGUGAUGAAUAAGCUGCUUCUCAGCCAAAAGUGCUUCUAGAGCGGAUAAAGCAGCUAAGAGAUUUAAGGGAGUUAUCUCAGCUGUUUAUUUAUUUACUCUGCCAUUCAAGGCAUAGCCUGGACUUUGGCUGUCAACAGAUUGUACUGUUUGUUAAUUUAAAGAAAAGUAUAAAGAAAAUGAGUCCAAAAAUAUGAAAAUGAAAAUAGUGUUACUAAUUGAAAAAAUGUGUUUACAAUUACAUUCUUAAUAUAUUGUGUAGGACUUGUAUACAUGUGUAUGUAUGUAUUUUUAAUCUUUGUGAUGCAGACAAAACAAGUGUUUGGGGAUUAACUAGAAAAACAUAACCAUAAAGCUGCAGUAGCAUUUAUUAUCACAUUUAACGGUGUCACCCACUUUAGAUGACUAAAUGUUUUCACUUUAAUGUUGAUUGAAAGGUUAA